AUGACUGGAGUUCCACGCGACAUCGCACAGCAUUGUCUAAACAUCAAACCAUCAGUAGAACCUGUUGCUCAGGGGAGGCGCAGCUUCAGUGAAGAAAAAGCAAAAGCGAUGGACGAGCAAGUGACAGAGUUACUCAAUGCGGGAAUCUUGCGCGAAGUAAAAUACCAUACAUGGGUUGCCAACCCAGUGAUGGUACAAAAACAUAGCGGCGGGUGGAGAAUGUGUGUCGACUUCAAGGACCUAAACAAAGCAUGCCCCAAAGAUUGCUACGCGCUCCCAGAGAUAGACAAAAAAGUCGACUCUCUAGCAUCAUUCAGAUGGAAAUGCUUUCUCGACUGUUAUAAGGGUUAUCACCAGGUCCAGAUGAAAAAAGAAGACGAAGACAAAACCGCGUUCCGCACAGAUAAAGGCAUCUACUGCUACACGAAAAUGCCGUUUGGCUUGCGCAACGCAGGCGCAACUUACCAACGCCUAAUGGACACAGUCUUUGGCGAGGAUAUUGGCAAAACUGUCGAAGUAUACAUGGAUGACCUCGUCAUCAUGAGCCAUGAAGAGGAGACGAUGCUCAGCAAUAUCCAGCGCACGUUCGAUUCCUUACUUAGCGUGAACUUAAAACUUAACCCGACAAAAUGCUCCUUCGGCAUGGAAGAAGGAAAUUUUUUGGGUUUCAUAGUUACAAGAGACGGCUUUAAGGUUAAUCCAGAAAAAGUGCAGGCCAUCCAGCUAAUACCAUCACCUGCAACAGUCAAAGAAAUGCAAAGGCUCGCCGGACGAUUAGCAGCUCUGAACAGAUUCUUGGCCAAUCAUGCGGCAAAAUCUUAUCCAUUUAUCAGUACGCUGCGAAACUGCGGAAAGAAAACUCCUUUUCAAUGGACGCCUGAAGCAGAAGCAGCAUUCAAGCAAAUGAAAGAAUGUUUAAUUCAGCUGCCAACACUGACCGCGCCAAAAGAAAAAGAACCGUUAAUCUUAUAUCUGUCAGCCACGGAAGUAGCAGUAGGCGCAGUAUUAAUGGUAGAACGGGAAAAUAUCCAGACUCCAAUCUACUAUAUCAGCAAAAUGCUCACUGGCCCCGAAACUCGUUACUCAAUGAUAGAAAAAUUGGUUCUAGCGCUAAUACACGCAUCCAGACGCUUGCACAGGUAUUUCUCAGGCCAUGUCAUCACAGUUCUCACAAAUUAUCAUUUAGGGCAAAUCUUGUCAAAACCUGAUGUGGCAGGAAGAUUAGCUAAAUGGGCCAUUGAGCUGGGAGGCUACAACAUUUUUUACAGACCAAGACCAGCAAUCAAAGGGCAAGUUCUAGCAGACUUCGCCACUGAAGUUCCCAUCGAUAAAAUACAAGAAUGUGAGGCAAUCCAGAACCCGACACCUGUUUUUGAUGACAGAGUCUGGACCUUACACACAGAUGGUGCUUCCAAUGAUGAUGGAGCAGGAGCAGGCCUCCGAUUAGUCAGUCCGGAUAAUCACGAACUUACAUAUGCCAUACGCUUAGAUUUCCAAAGUACCAACAAUGAAGCAGAAUACGAAGCAUUUUUAGCAGGCCUCCGUCUAGCACUCAAAAUGGGGGCAAGAAACCUUGAAGCCAACGUUGACUCAAAGCUAGUAGCCGAACAAGUUAACGGUCGUUAUGAUGCGAAAGGGGAAGCUAUGGCGUUGUACCUUGAACAAGCGCGGAUGUUAAUCAGCCAAUUUCAAACAUUCAAAGUUAAUCACAUAAACAGAAGCGAGAACAAGCACGCUGACGCGCUAAGCAAGUUAGCUGCUACCAGCUUUAAACACUUAGCAAAGGAGGUACGCAUAGAGGUAUUAUCCAACCCUUCCAUUCAUCUCAAGCAAGUAAGCGUCAUAGAAAUGGGAGAUCAAUCCUGGAUGUCUCCAAUCAUCUUGUACCUUCAACACGGAAAACUUCCGGAAGGGAAAGGCAGAAGCUCGAAAAAUACAACACAAAGCAAUAAAUUACGAGAUGGCGGAUGGCGUCCUUUAUCGAAAAUCAUUCAUGGGCCCAUUACUACGCUAUUUGGAUUACCAUUGCGCAUCAUUUCCGACAAUGGUACAAACUUCGCCGCAGAAGAUCUUCAAAAAUGGUUCAAAGAAAUGAAGAUCGAGCACAACUUUACCUCCGUUGCGCAUCCUCAAGCGAACGGUCAGGUAGAGAGCGUAAACAAACAAAUCGUUGACGGCAUAAAAGCGCGACUUGGGACAGCGCGCAGAGGGUGGGUUGACGAACUUCCCAGCAUCCUCUGGGCACAUCGAACAAUGCCAAAGACUAGCACCGGAGAAACUCCGUUCAGUCUAGUCUAUGGGUCUGAGGCCGUCAUUCCAGCUGAGAUAGGUUUACCAUCACCGCGCAUGUUAGCCAUGGAAAAACAGAACAACGAACAAGAGCGAAGAAUGGAUUUGGAUCUUCUGGAAGAGAGGCGCGAGAACGCCGCCAUAACGGAAGCAAGGUACAAAUCCAAGCUCGAAAAAUAUUACAAUGCCCGCGUGCGUGUUUGCACCUUUGGCCCCGGCGAUUUUUUCUUGCGCGACAAUGAGGCUUCAAACGCUGAAAAGCCCGACAAAUUAGCGCCAAGGUGGGAAGGACCAUACGUCAUUAACAAGGUCCUAGGCAAGGGGGCAUAUACCCUAAAAAGGAUCGAUGGGACCCUAGUCCCCCGCACCUGGAACGCACAACAAUUGCGCAGGUGUUACAUAUGA